AUGGAGGUCGAGGAGGAGGGGGAGGUCCAGGAGGCGGCGGAGGCCGGCGGCGCGGCGCGAAAGCGGAAGAGGGUCGGCGGCGGCGAGGACGCAGCCGAGGAGGCGGCGGAGGGCGUGUACGGCAAGGAGCUGCUGGGCGAGGACGGCGAGGACUUGCGGUGCGAGGGCAUCGCGGAGGAGGCCGUGGCGGAGGUGAUGCGGUGGCUGGAGGCGGAGAUAGCGGACAGCGCCGCCCCGCCGACGUCGGAGGUGCCGGGGUUUGUGACCAUCAACGGCAACGAGGAGAGCUGCGGGCCGUCCUUCUCCGCCGCGGCGUCCACCGUCAUGGCCUCCGUCGACACCCGUGCCGGCGCGCCGCCCCCGCCGCCCGUGCCAUGGCCGUGGCCGGAGCCGGAGCCGGUCCUCCCUGCACCGGCCGUCGACGUGGAGAUGGGGAUGGGCGGCGCCGGCGAGCCCGCCGACGAGGAGUGGCUGGCGCGGCUGCUCAACUGCGGGGCCCUGCUGGAGGGGGUGCUGUAG